AUGGUAAAAGCCUGUCUCAAAGUCGGGAUGCCGAAGGACAACAUUCUCAAUAUCAUCAACGCUGUCCAAAACCCACCUCCAGAUGAGAAAAGGGAACAAGAUCAGGAAUAUGAUGUUGAUGAUGGUGGUCACAAGUGGGAUGCUAUAGGCGAGUUCAGCAAUGCAUGGGGAGUGGACUCUAGUGCUCCAGAACCUGGCACAUCAACCCAGAUUCAUCCCUCUAUGCCUCGACCCUCGACAUCUACUCUUGGUGGUGCUACACCUGACCGUCCUGCUGCAUCAGUGUCCACGUCCGUACAGCCACAGCCUCAACCUCGUGCACAGGCACAGGCUCCGCCGCAGCCAGGCCCGUCUGUAUUGUAUGCCUAUCCCGGUCAAAGUGCUCCACCUCCACCAGUUUCUCAGCCGCACACACCAAGUGAGCAAAAUGGACUUAAACGAGCGUAUGGUUAUGGAGAGAUGAGUGAAGUUGCAAUCCUAGAGCCCUCGCAGAAGCGAACUCGACACUGCUGCAAGGGCGGACAUGAUUGUGGGAAGAUAGACUGCAAGGGCCGGAACAGCAGACGUCCAGACAAGGUAUACUCGGAAGCGUGGAAUUAG